ACUGUGAUUUGCCGGUGUAUAUACACUUUACUGACCAGGUAGACCUGAGUGGACGCGUCUUUGGAACUCCAUCUCCAUACUAAAAGCAGGUGAAAACAGGAGUUCCUCGGCUCCACCAAACUCAACACACCCAAAAAAACCCCAAAAACCUUCUCCAGUUUUUCCAGCACACCAUCGUCCAUUUUACUUCUCCAAAAAAAAAAAACCCAACAACAUGGUGGACAAAAUGGCGUCUUUUGGGCGCAUGCUGCUGCGUCGUCGGGCCCUGGACUGUUCGGGGGAGGAGACGCGAUUCGCUCGUUGCCUCUCCACGCUUGACCUGGUCGCCCUGGGGGUUGGUUCAACACUGGGCGCCGGAGUCUACGUGCUUGCGGGUGAGGUGGCGAGAGAGAAAGCAGGACCGGCCAUCGUCCUUUGCUUCCUGGUGGCUGCGCUGUCGUCCAUGCUAGCAGGGCUUUGCUACGCGGAGUUUGGCGCCCGCGUGCCGAAGACUGGCUCAGCAUACCUCUACAGUUACGUGACAGUGGGCGAGAUCUGGGCUUUCAUCACCGGAUGGAAUCUUAUACUGUCCUACGUCAUAGGAACCGCCAGCGUGGCUCGGGCCUGGAGCUCCACCUUCGAUAAUCUGGUGGAACAGAAGAUUUCCAGCUUCUUCCGGGCUUGCAUGGCGAUGAGGGUUCCCGGCAAUGUCUUGGCCGAAUACCCAGAUCUGUUUGCCCUCAUUCUUGUGCUGUUACUCACCGGUCUCCUCGCGUUCGGUGUUAGCGAGUCCGCCCUGGUCAAUAAAAUCUUCACAGGCAUCAACCUGGUGGUGCUGGGCUUCGUCAUCAUCUCCGGCUUUGUGAAGGGUAACACUGCCAACUGGAACCUCACGCUGGAGGACUUCCUCAACAGCACCAACGCCACCGCGGAAAUGAUACCGGAGAAUUUUGGCAAAGGCGGCUUCGCUCCAUUCGGCAUUGGCGGCAUCCUGUCAGGAGCUGCCACCUGUUUCUACGCGUUCGUGGGCUUCGACUGCAUCGCCACCACCAGUGAAGAGGCGAAAAACCCCAUGAGGUCCAUCCCCGUGGGUAUCGUGGCGUCUCUGCUCAUCUGUUUCUUCGCCUAUUUCGGGGUUUCGGCCGCCCUCACCCUCAUGAUGCCCUAUUACAUACUGAACACCCAGAGUCCCCUGCCCGAAGCCUUCAGCUACGUUGGCUGGGCGCCGGCCAGAUACAUCGUGGCGGUGGGCUCCCUCUGCGCUUUGUCUACCAGCCUUCUCGGCUCCAUGUUCCCCAUGCCGAGGGUCAUCUACGCCAUGGCGGAGGACGGACUGCUGUUUCGUUCCCUGUCCAACAUGAACAAACGCACCAAAACCCCAGCGCUGGCCACCGUGGUGUCGGGCAUCGUCGCAGCUCUAAUGGCCUUCCUGUUUGACCUGGGCGCCCUCGUUGACCUCAUGUCUAUCGGAACGCUGUUGGCCUAUUCUUUGGUGGCUGUGUGUGUUCUCAUUCUGAGGUACCAGCCCGGCACCCUGAGCUCGUCCAGCCAGACGGAGAAGCUGGUGGAACUGGUCGGGGGGGAGAAGGUAGCGGUGAACGGGGACAGCGGUGAUGAGUACGGGGUUGAGUUUGAAGACAGGCCCCAGAGAGAAAAGUUCUCCCCAAAGCUGCUGCUCGUUCCCAGCCAAGAGACGCCAACCAAGACGUCUGGAACCAUCGUCUACGCCACCACCGCUGUCGUCUCCGUGUUGAUCACUCUGCUCUGUGUGGUGCUGGCCGGGUGUGUGACGGAGCUGUCUGAAGGUCAGCCCGUGUGGGUGACGAUCUGCGCUGUGCUGGCUUCUCUCUGUUUCGCUUGUGUCAUCAUCAUCUGGAGACAGCCCGAGAGCAAGGAGCCACUCAACUUCAAGGUGCCUUUGUUACCAUGGUUACCCCUUUUCAGUAUCUUUGUAAACGUCUACCUCAUGAUGCAGUUGGACCUGGCGACGUGGUGCCGUUUCGCUGUGUGGAUGGGCAUUGGUUUUUUGAUCUACUUCUUAUACGGUAUUCGGCACAGCACAGAGGCGAUGAACAGUUCUUCCCACAAAUACGACUCUGGCCUGGAGACCAAAAGCCCUAUUUACAGAGGCGGACAUGAGAGUGACGCCGAAGCCGUCUCACCGUAAAUGUAGUAGCAGUUAGCCUAGUAUCAUCGUUAGAAAGCACUAAACUCCAGGUGACAACUGCUGGUUAAAUGGAUUCAAAUGUAUAAAACAGUUCUCAACCAUUUUCCCCUGCCUCUAUUCCACGUUGUGGGUCACGGACUGCUUUGUUUAACGUACAUAUGUCACACGGUCUAAAUCCGCUAUGGAAAUGCAAAAAAAUUAACGUUGUGUAUAUUAGCGUCUGUAUUUAGCCGCUUGUUAGCGCGACUGUGCCUCUCGCUUUUAAACCCAGAUGGAUUCGGAGUUCCUGUAGUCUGCUGUACUGUAGUCCCCGGCCCACCGUUUUAUGAUGCGUGAUUGCGGGAAAAAUGCGAACAGGGUAUUUGUGCACGUGUUUUUUGUCUUGUUUUUUUUUUAUGUUUUGUUUUGGUUUGUUUUUUUUUUUUUUAUUAUUUCCCCAUUUUUGUCUGAAAGCACAUUGUUAGUCAGAACAAAAAGAUGAAGAACUGCAUCGGAGCGCACAUGGUGGUUGUCCGAACUUGGGGACACUUUAAUUGUGCUCUUGAGUUUUGACAACACCGCCCUCUAGUGUGGGAGGUAUAAAAUGAAAGCACCUUCUAAGCACUGCAACCACUAAGAAUGCGAGGUAUUAUCAGCUAUAAACCGCUAAUGCGGGAAGAGAGAAUGUACAUUCUAAUUGUAUCCAUAACUGGGUAUAUUUUAAAUAUAUCUCCAGUCAUACUGAUGAAGACAUCUUUUCUUAUCGUCGGUUUCGUACCCUGAAGGUAAUUAACCUGCAUGUAUGUUGCUAAUCCAAAGAGCGUAAGGACUAAUGAAUUGGCUAUUUAUUUAUGUGUAUGCCGCAUCAAUAUGACGAAAAAUUGGCUAUUUAUAUAUGUUUUAUUGCUGCAUCAAAAUGACAAAACAGUAUUGAACUACUACACAUGUUGCUGGACUUUCUUUGACUGUAGAUUCAGCUCAUGUGAUCACAGUGUUAUGUAAAUGUCAUACUGUCGUUUUUUGUUUUUUUGGUUUUUCUUUUUAAUCUGUUUUUCACUGUCCAUUCUUGUCUUUCUCUUCCU